UUAGCAGCCACUGAUAUACUGCUCUGAAUUUACUUGCUAAGGGCAAUUUUUGGGGCAGCAUAAUGCUCAGAUAUUUAUCAGCAGAUUCAGGGGAGGGCGGGGAUGAGACUGCUGGUUGGCUUUCCAACCAAUCAGCAACAGAUUUUCCAGGUGAUUUGACAUGGGAACUUCGAGUAAUGAAUCAGACCAUGCAUCUUCCCCUAAGGUAUCGGAGCAUGAGACAAGAACAAAUGGUGAUUUGGAAGAGAGUUCUCCAAUAGCUGCUGCUAAUGAACUCAAUUCAGUCACCUCAAGCAAAAACUUAGAUACCUCAUCAUCUUCCUUAUCUCAUUCUCCUUUACCUGACUCUCCAGUUGAACAUCCUCACAACACCACUACACCAUCUCAAACUGAAGUGGAAGGCAAUGAUAAUUUAGACUCUAACUUGGACACUGGAUAUGAACAUGAAAUACCAACUGCUGAGUCGCCAGCAUCAACUCCUGAUGAUGAAAUGCUACUCUUUACUUUAGACUCUGGAGAUGACAAAGAGAACCAUGAAAUAUAUAACGCUUAUGUGGCAUUAUCUACCCUGUCCCCGGAAUUAACUGAUUCUACACUUGAGUUGGGUUCAAAUGCCCCGACAACAUCACCACCCACACAAGUGAUGGAGAGGCCAUCAGGAUCCAAAUACAGAAUACCAUCUUCUGUAUUUGCUAGAAGCAUGUCUAACACUCCAGACUGGAGUUGUGCUUCUAAUGAAUCACUGUUUAGCAUUCGGAUGGGUAAUAUGAGUUUCAGAACAGAUGAUUUCUGGAAAUCUGGAGAGAUAGGCCUUAAAUCUGCAGAGCUGGAAAUGAUCAAAAACGGUGAUUCAUUUAUGCUAAGAUCUGAGGAGCUUGGAUUUAGCAGAGAACUUGAAAUGCAAUCCGGAGAUCUUGGAAUUGCAAAUGGGGGGUUGGGAACGGGAACCAGCCAUCUAGAAUUAAUACCUGGAGAGCCGGUCACAACUACAGAACCUUUUAUGUCUAGUCAGAUGUUUAGUUACUCUCAGACCCCUAAUAUGGCAACAAGUAACUCCGGAAAAACUGCUGAGUUAGGUGUUGCUAUUGAGACCAUGAAGGAAGUCAUCAGGGAGGCUGCAGAUCACAGAAGUAAAAAUUCUAUAUCUGAUGGAUCAGUUGCGGGUACAACUAAUAAUAGAUCAAGUACAGAAUCUUUCGCCUUUUCAUCUGGAGCAGAUAAUUCAUUAAGAGGAGGCAUUACAGUAAAGUCAGACAGAGGAUCAUCACCGGCUCCAACACAAUCUACAUCUCAACCAAAAAAAGAGCAGGAGCCAAAGAGCCCGGCAGCAGCUCUACAAACAGCUAAAACUGGUUGGUUUUCAUGGAUGUCAUGCUAUUGGUGUCGCCCAUAUUGUUGCUUGUAACUGUCCCCCACUUCCAACUGGUUGCAUCCUUCAUGAUCGAAAUGAUGAUUCCAACUACUGCAAUCUGCUCAUCGCGAAGUUUUAAGCACCAGAAAUGGUACAAAUCGAGUUGUUCGAUUAAAAGAAACAAGAGAACUUCAUCAUCUGUUAUACACUGCCCUGGGAAUGGGACGUUCACAUAUGCAUAUGCAGUAUGUUUACCCCCAAGAGUCGAUGGAAGGACUGAUGAGAACCCCUCAACAGAAAUGCUUUGUUCAGCAAACAAUGAACCUAGAGAUUGAUUAAUCUUCAUAGUUUAGUAUCUAGUGCAUAGGUUAUGCAGCAUGACUUGUUGCCAAUGGAAAGCCAGCUUUAUGUAGAGACUUGGCACAUUGUUGCCUUUCAUUUUUGACAAUACAAUUAUAAGUUAGGAUACAAAAAUUAGUCAAUCAAAAUGAUUUCUUUUUUAAAUU